GUAAAUGCUACUUUCGUUUUUUAUCCGAAAUGGCAGGUGAAGGAAAACUGUUGAAGAAUGCCUGGAGGGCCCCUGAAGACGUAUUCGGUCCGGGAGAGAAAUCUCUGAAGUCCCAAAUCCAAGCACAAACAAUGAGUUAUGAUUUCUCAAGUGAGGAAUGGAAACAAGCCUGUACUGUUGUGGAUGAUGUCUUGGACAUAAUUCUCGUGGAACUCCGAAACCAGGCACAAAAGUCGUUUGAAGGUUUGACUAUCGAUGAAAGAUUUAUCCGCCAAGCAAGCGCAAGGCAGGGAUUAAAAAUAGAAGUUCCGGAUGAAUUUGAUGCCAUUGUUCCUUUCAAACUCACAAGUCUGAAGAUUCAAGAGGUGCGACUUAAAAAUAGCAAUGGGCAGCUUAUUCCAGGACAAAUGCGCCUAAGAAUUAUCAAUAGUGCCGAUCUAAACACUCUUGUUCCCAGGCUAAAUAGGCUAGGAGCAUUUCAAAUGGACCAAGGAACAUGUUUCAUAAAUACCAGAGUCCUCCAAGAGCAGGUUUUCAAAUCUCUAAUGGAUAAAACUUUGUAUGCGAGCCACGACUCUUUGGUAAGAAAAGGAUACUCCGUCACCCGUGGGUCCAGACCACCUACCAUGAAUAUUACCAUUUCUUCACGUUUGCGAUUUCCCAUUGAUGUUGAUUUUGUACCAGGUCUUGAUUUGGGACGGGAAGCUGUAACAAUUCCAGAUACUGUCACAACGCAUCCGGGAUCCAUUAGGAUUGACUUCCCAAGAUUCGGCCUCAUGAAAUGGGUCAACAAGGAAAACCCAAAUAUUACUGACAAAGACAAAGACUUUAUCUGGCGCAAUUGUUCAUCGUCUUAUGAGAGGUAUGUGUUCGAUAUGUGCCUUGGGAACAGAGAACGACUUUACAUUGUCACAGCAUGUCGCGUCAUGAAAGCACUUGUCAAAUGUCUUAGAAAAAGACAAAAUCAUGCCGCCAACUUGCUGACAUCAUACCAUCUGAAGACAAUCGCCAUGUACUGCAUACUUCUGCUGACGGUACCCACAGUGGCGCCACCCGAUCUUCACGUCAGUGGUGUUCGCGAAGCCCUGGGUUAUUUCUUGAAGUUUUUGAAACUAGUUUUCGAAAAAGAAACUUUGCCAGAAUUCUUUUUAGGAAAUGAGUACUUGGAAAGAAUUUUCCCUGAUUCUUACUUUGCAAAUGAACACAGAAAAUAUAAUUUGUUUCAAAAAGAGAAACCAAAGCAAGUGGAAGCUGCGAAAUACUGCUUCAAAGAAAUGGAGCAGACUCUCUCUGGCUGUUAUAGCUAUGAGAAUGUACGGGAAUCGGUAGUUAGGAGUUUUGAGAAUCGUGUCCUCAGAAUGUAAAAGACAAAACAUUACGUAUGCAAUGGAGCACAUGCAAUAUAUAUGUUUGGGAUGAUUUUUUUUUAUAAAUACAAUGUACUGGAAUAUAUAAUGAGAGAAUUUAAAAAAAAAAAUACAUACGUAUAUGAUAUAUGUAUUCAUGAUUAUUUAUAACACUUUUAUUUGUUGUGUAAAUAUUGUGGGCGUUUUACAGCUGUUUAUGCAUAUAUGUGUAUACAUUGCAAUAUGCUUAAAUAAAUUUAAAAUAAUG